UUGAAAUGUGUAAUUUUGUUAUUGUGUUUUUGAAUGAUUGUCGUUUGAAGUUGUUGUUUAGUUUCUUUUUCUGUUCUUAAUACAUAUCGAAUCAAUACUACUUAUUGUGAUACAUUAACAAUAAUAAUUGUAUGAUAAGUAAUACAUUAUUAUUAUAACAUCAACGAAAAUACAAUAUUUUAUCUGAAGGCGGUAAAUAUCCAUGCGACAUGAGUGCGACGUAUCAAGAUGCUGAUCGGAAAGUUUUUGUAUUAGAUGGAGGAUUUUCAUCGCAGAUAUCUCGACAUGUUGGUACUACAUCUGAUGGGGAUCCCCUGUGGACCUCACGGUUCCUUCAAACAAAUCCCGAGGAUGUUGUGAAAACGCAUUUAGAUUUCCUUCGAGCCGGUUCCGAUAUUAUUUCCACGAACACUUAUCAAGCUUCUAUUGGUGCGUUUGUAAAACAUCUUCAAGUUUCACCAGAAGAAGGAAGUUCGUUAAUUAAACGCGCUGUUGCGCUAGCCAAGGAAGCCAGAACAAAAUACCUUGAGGAGUGCCACAGUACACUACCAACACGAAAUAUAUUGAUAGCUGGAUCUGUUGGCCCGUUUGGAGCCGCUCUGAACGAUGGAUCAGAGUACAGCGGCAAUUAUAUUGACCAAACAACAGCAGAGACCAUUAGAAACUGGCAUAAACCUCGCAUUGAAGCUCUGAUAGAGUCUGGGGUAGACAUACUAGCAUUUGAAACUAUACCUGGAGAGAAAGAGGCUUUAGUUCUUGUCAAUAUGUUAAAAGAGUAUCCAUCAACUAAAGCGUGGAUAUCUUUUAGUUGCAAAGAUGAUGCGAGCCUUGCUCAUGGUGAAAAGUUCCAAGAGGUUGCUGAAAAAUGUUGGAAAGCCAAUCCUGAGCAGCUUCUGGCUAUCGGAAUGAAUUGUUGUUCCCCUAAAAUCGUAGCCAACUUAAUAAAGAAUGUUGGACAAUUACCCAUAGUCACUUAUCCAAACUCUGGUGAAAAAUAUGACCCUGCUAUUGGUUGGAAGGAUGAUCACUGCAAACCCCUAUAUACUUUUGUACCCGAAUGGUUGAAUCUCAAUGUAAAGUAUGUGGGAGGAUGCUGCAGAACAUACUGCGAAGACAUAUCAAGCAUCCGGAAGGAAAAAGCAUUUGGAAUAUCUGCUCACAAAAAGCAGUAUGAUAAUCAGAUAAAAUUGUUGAUUAAAGAGAAUAAUGACCUGCGAGAAGAGAACCUUAACUUGACCUUUGAGAUUACUAAAUUAAAUAGAGAAAAUGGAAAGCUUAAAGAUGAUAACUUCUCAGACUACCUCUCACUUAUGAGGGAACGUGACGCACGGUAUACACUCUAUUUUGAAAACGUAGCUCUUCACCUAAAACUGAAAGAAUUAGAUGGAGGGAAAGUAUACACCGUAGAAGAUGGUCAAGGCGAUCCAGUCGUCCUACGAAUUGCACUUGAUAAGUGUCGAGAGCAAUUAUCAUCAAAUCAAAGCGAACUCACAAAGAUGAAGGAAGAGUAUUCAGAAACAGUACCACGGCGGGAGUACGACUGGCUUGAUACUAAAUACUGUGACCUGCAGAAACAGUUGCAUGCGAUACAUGCCGAGUAUGAUGAACUACAGAACAAUCAUAAACGUAUUUUGGCUCAAAAGAAAAGUACAGAGGAAGAACUGAUAGAAUGUAGGGAGCGUUGUAGUGAAUUAGAGAGAGCUGGAACUCCCAGACCUCACUGGGACAUCUGCGCUGACUUUAUCGGAGGAGGACGGGAGAGAUGGUGGCAGUUAGCAAGUGGCUUGUCAUCUCGCGACAAACUACGCGCUUUACUGAAGGAGCUGGGUCCAGCUGCUGAGAGCGAGCACCUGGAGUAUUUUGAUGGACUUGGUUUAGACCCGGUCAUCCCGCCGUACCUCCGCUACGAAGGCAAGGUGCGGAACCUGCGCCUCUCGCGGCGCGAAGUGAGCGUCGUCAUCAACGACAUUUGGUUUAGCAAGAUGAAACACGGACAGGCGAUGUCCAUGCAGGAUUAUGUUACUAAGUAUUUUGAGCAUCGGUACCAGCAACCAUCAGUCCGCGCUGAAUGGGCGUACAACGUGUGCGCGGGCGCAGAACAAAUGCUCGACGAGCCGCAAGUGAGAUUGUUCUGGGGAGUGUUACAUGGCCAAUUGAGUGAGGAUGUGUAUUGGGGUUUGCGAACUCACUGGCUGCUUCUGAGAGACCAGCUAUAUAGGCAGAGUAAGGAUGGAGAGACAAUAACCAUUGAAGAGUUUGAAAAGACAGCACGGAACACAUUUCCCUUAAAAAGCGAGGUUGACAUAAAAAAUCUAAUGGACGUUGUUAAAAAGCAACUAAAAAUAAAGCUUAAUCACAAUGAAAUCAACUUAGAUAAACUAUUUCAUGAAAACGAAGAAGGUUUCGACCGAGUUGACUUGGCACGCGAAUUAUUCCGGCAGCGGCAAAUCGCACAAGAUAAGUAUAUCCGAGAGGUGGUGGCCGAGUUGGGUGGUCGCCAUGUCAACCGUAUUGUUAGCGUUGAUAAUUUGAAACGCGCGUUUGCUGUUAUUGACCCUGCUAUAAAUCAUAUUCGCAUGGAGAGGUAUAUUCGUUGGGCGUUCUCUGAUCAAACUUCUGAAUUGAGUGCUAUCUGCCCAUUACCUCUUCGUACAAUAGUAUCUAGGCUGGCGACGGGCGAUAUAGAAAGAGUCGGACCCCGCUACAAGGCCAAAAGACGACAUUAUAAAUAGAUAAUUGUAAAAUAUAUUUCCACACGGUUUACAAUUUAAAUAAAUUAUUU